CCAGCCCUCCUGUCCGCGGACGCACCAAGUGUACCGAGUGCACUCCGUGCGUUUUGGUUAAAGCCCGACUACCUUCACUGUGAAGGCUGGGCACUGGGAAGUAGGAUCCGGGCCCUUCGGUGUGGCAGAGAGAAGAGGCUGAACUCCCCACUUAUGGCUUUUUUGUAGGACCUUUUCCAUCAUCGUUGGGAUUGUGGAAGUCGGGACGUCACUUUAAAUUCACCUCACGUCGCGCAAAAGUUUGAUUCGAUUGUGGGCGCCCGACCAUGGAGAUGCAAAAGUGGUCCACCAGGUGGAAAACGAAAAGGUGGUUUAUGGAUUCCACUGUAACUGCAUUCGUCACUUUAACCCUGGUUCUACAAGGCGCCAAUGUCGGAGCAGCAGAGCCAGUGGACUUGCUAAAACUAUUAGAAUUUCAAAAUCAUCCCGAAGGAGUGACAAAAACAUCAGGACUUUGCACAAACCGAAGAGCGUCGAAGCCGGACUCGGCUUACAGAGUCACCAAUGGGAUCCAGAUCAGUGCCCCCACCUCACAGUUAUUCCCUGGAGGUGUUUUUCCUGAGGACUUCUCCAUUCUGACCACAGUGCGCCCCAAGUCAGGCCUCCAGUCCUUCUUGCUGUCCAUUUACAACAGGCAGGGAGUCCAGCAGCUGGGCGUGGAAGUGGGGCGUUCACCUGUCUUCCUGUAUGAGGAUCAGACUGGCAGGCCAGCGCCGGAGGACUACCCUCUGUUCCGUACUCUCAACCUCGCUGAUGGAAAGUGGCAUCGUGUGGCCAUCAGUGUGGAGAAGAAGACGGUCACCAUCAUUGUAGACUGCAAGACGAGGAUCAUCAAGCCUCUCCUCAGGAGUGACCACGGCGCCAUCAGCACCGAUGGCAUUACCGUGUUCGGCACCAGGCUGCUGGAUGAGGAGGUUUUCCAGGGGGACAUCCAGCAACUCCUGAUAGUGGCUGAUCCCAAAGCAGCGUACGACUACUGUGAACACUACAGCCCCGACUGUGACACUCCCCACGGGGAAUCUCUGCAGGCCCAGGAGCCACACCAAGAGUACACUACUGACGAUUUAGAUUACUCUCAGUUCUAUGAUUACUCUGAAGGCGCCACAGAGACCAUUUCAACCGAUGAGUAUUCUGAGCCUCAGCCAAACAAUGUAGGAGAUUACAAUACAGACUUUGACUACGGAACUGUAGACGGUACUCAAACUCAGUCCCCCUUUGCCACCAGCGGACCGGAUGAGAAGGCUGUGGAGGAGGAUGCUGUCGGUGCGUAUGUCACCGAGGCCCCUCCCGUUGCCCCGGAGCCCGUUGCACCAGAAACGGGGGACAACGUGGACCCCGGUGCGGACGCAUACGACUUUAAGGAAUAUGACCUAAAGGAGUAUGACUUGGGCGAGGUUGACAACAAGGUGUAUGACUACGGGACGUACGAUGAGUAUGGCAGGGCCCGGCCCGAUCCCACGGACACUGACGAUGAGGAGGUGGGGCCCGGGGUCGCUGCUGAAACUGACGUUUCUGGGAGCACCGUUGCUGGGGCCGGAGGAGCCUUUGGCCAGAAGGGAGACAAGGGCGAGCCGGCGGUCAUUGAGCCUGGCAUGCUGAUUGAAGGACCCCCAGGAACUCCUGGCCCAGCUGGUCUUCCAGGUCCCGCAGGGCUACAAGGACCCCCAGGCCCCUCUGGAGAUCCUGGUGACAGGGGUCCUCCUGGUCGUGCUGGUCUGCCUGGUGCUGAUGGUUUGGCCGGACCUCCAGGGACCAUGCUCAUGCUGCCAUUCCGCUUUGGUGGGGAUGGUGAGAAGGGUCCAGUGGUUUCUGCCCAAGAAGCCCAAGCUCAGGCCAUCCUGUCCCAGGCCAGGCUGGCCAUGAGGGGACCCUCGGGGCCAAUGGGGCUGACAGGAAGAUCGGGUCCAGUGGGACUACCUGGUAGCCCCGGCCUGAAAGGUGAUGCUGGAGACCACGGCCCUCAGGGUCCCCGCGGCGUCCAAGGGGCUCCUGGACAAGUUGGCAAACCUGGCAAGAGGGGGCGUGCCGGAGCUGACGGGUCCCGUGGAAUGCCCGGAGAGCCAGGCUCCAAGGGUGACAGAGGCUUUGAUGGUCUUCCCGGACUGCCUGGUGAAAAAGGACACAGAGGGGAGCCAGGACCGAUGGGACCCACAGGAGCCUCUGGAGAGGAUGGACAGAGAGGCGAGGACGGAGAGAUCGGGCCCAGAGGAUUAGCUGGCGAGAGUGGUCCUAGAGGUUUGCUGGGACCUCGUGGUCCUCCUGGACCCCCUGGAUCUCCUGGUGUUGCUGGUGUUGAUGGACCUCCUGGUGCCAAAGGAAACAUGGGACCACAAGGAGAACCAGGGCCACCCGGGCAGCAGGGAAUCCCCGGGACACAGGGUCUUCCUGGUCCUCAAGGCCCUAUCGGACCACCUGGUGAAAAAGGACCUCACGGCAGGUCGGGGUUGCCUGGAUUACCUGGAGCUGAUGGGCCUCCUGGUCAUCCCGGUAAGGAGGGUCCACCCGGAGAGAAAGGAGCCCUGGGUCCCUUAGGUCCUCAGGGUCCUAUUGGUUAUCCCGGCCCUCGUGGUGUCAAGGGUGCUGAUGGUGUCCGUGGUCUCAAGGGCUCAAAGGGAGAGAAGGGCGAGGACGGUUUCCCGGGUUUCAAGGGAGACAUGGGAAUCAAAGGAGACCGGGGCGAGCUUGGCAUGGUUGGGUCCCGGGGAGAGGAUGGUCCUGAGGGUCCCAAAGGCCGAUCUGGCCCCAACGGAGACACCGGUCCCCUUGGUCCUGCCGGAGAAAAGGGUAAACUGGGUGUUCCGGGAUUGCCAGGUUAUCCAGGAAGACAAGGACCUAAGGGCUCGAGUGGUUUCCCUGGGUUCCCUGGAGCCAACGGCGAGAAAGGAGCCAGGGGCCUCGCAGGCAAAGUUGGUCCAAGAGGUCAAAGAGGUCCAACGGGUCCCCGUGGCAGUCGAGGAGCCAGAGGUCCAACAGGAAAACCUGGUCCCAAGGGCACAGCGGGCAACGACGGCCCUCCAGGCGGUCCUGGUGAGAGAGGGCCUCAAGGACCUCAGGGACCAGUGGGCUUCUCUGGACCCAAAGGCCCCCCUGGACCACCAGGAAAGGACGGGCUUCCCGGACACCCCGGUCAGCGCGGUGAGACGGGUUUCCAAGGAAAAACUGGUCCACCAGGUCCCGGAGGAGUUGUCGGGCCCCAGGGGCCAACUGGUGAAACUGGUCCUGUUGGUGAGAGAGGCCACCCUGGACCCCCUGGCCCACCCGGUGAGCAGGGUCUUCCAGGUGCUGCUGGCAAGGAGGGAGCGAAGGGAGACCCGGGACCACAAGGAUCCUCCGGUAAAGACGGUCCUCCCGGCCUUCGAGGUUUCCCUGGAGAAAGAGGUGUCCCUGGCGCCACGGGCCCUGCAGGUCUGAAGGGUGGAGAAGGGCCCCAAGGUCCACCUGGUCCCGUUGGUUCUCCUGGUGAAAGAGGUCAUGCUGGCUCAGCGGGUCCAAUAGGUCUAUCUGGUAGACCUGGUCCUCAGGGGCCCCCAGGUCCUGCUGGAGAGAAGGGAGCACCUGGUGAAAAAGGACCUCAGGGUCCUGCCGGCCGCGAUGGUGUCCAGGGUCCUGUUGGUCUACCCGGUCCUGCUGGACCCCAGGGUCCACCUGGAGAGGAUGGUGACAAGGGAGAGGUUGGAGAGCCUGGUCAGAAAGGAAGCAAAGCCGACAAGGGAGAACAGGGUCCUCCGGGCCCUGCUGGUCUCCAAGGUCCCAUAGGUGCCCCUGGUCCUGCUGGAGCUGAUGGAGAGCCUGGUCCCAGAGGACAGCAGGGUAUGUUUGGACAGAAGGGAGAUGAAGGCUCCAGAGGUUUCCCUGGACCUCCCGGUCCCAUCGGUCUGCAGGGGCUUCCUGGACCCCCUGGCGAGAAGGGAGAGAACGGUGACGUGGGCCCCAUGGGCCCUCCUGGUCCUCCUGGUCCCAGAGGUCCUCAGGGUCCUAGCGGAGCUGAUGGUCCACAAGGCCCUCCAGGUGGUGUGGGCCCCAUGGGAUCUGUGGGGGAGAAGGGUGAACAAGGUGAGGCCGGAAACCCAGGACCACCCGGAGAGGCUGGAACCGGGGGACCCAAAGGCGAGAGGGGAGAGAAAGGAGAGGCUGGUCCCCCUGGAGCCGCUGGACCUGCGGGUGCCAAAGGACCACCUGGAGAUGACGGUCCAAAGGGAAACCCUGGACCUGUUGGAUUCCCUGGAGACCCUGGUCCUCCUGGAGAGCCAGGCGUUGCUGGCACUGAUGGAGAAUCAGGAGAGAAAGGAGAGGAUGGUGAGGCCGGUCAGGCGGGACCCCCAGGUCCAUCAGGAGAAGCUGGCCCACCUGGACCACCUGGCAAGAGAGGACCUCCGGGCACCGCCGGGUCAGAGGGCAGGCAAGGAGAGAAGGGCGCUAAGGGCGAGGCUGGUGCCGAGGGUCCAGCGGGUAAAACCGGACCGGUAGGACCCCAGGGGCCUUCAGGAAAGCCCGGUCCAGAGGGUCUGCGUGGAAUCCCUGGUCCUGUCGGUGAACAAGGACUGCCCGGCUCCCCAGGACAAGAUGGCCCACCUGGUCCCAUGGGUCCUCCUGGUCUUCCCGGACUGAAAGGCGACCCUGGGUCUAAAGGUGAAAAGGGUCACCCAGGGUUGAUGGGCCUGGUAGGACCUUCUGGUGAGCAAGGAGAGAAGGGAGACAGAGGUUUGCCCGGGCCCCAAGGCUCUCCCGGUGGCAAAGGCGACGGUGGUAUCAGUGGAUCCUCUGGCCCUCUCGGUCCCCCAGGACCCCCUGGUCUGCCUGGUCCUCAAGGUCCCAAAGGGUCCAAGGGUUCAAAUGGGCCUGCUGGUACAAAAGGAGACACUGGUUCAAUUGGUCCUCCUGGUCCUCCCGGCCCACCGGGCGAAGUCAUCCAGCCCCUGCCCAUCCAGUCACCCAAGAAGACCAAGCGCUCCAGUGACAUGCAGGCCGACGCGGCGGUCAUGGACUACGGCGAGGGCAUGGAGGACAUCUUCGGCUCGCUCAACAACCUCAAACAGGACAUUGAACGCAUGAAGUACCCCAUGGGCACACAAAACAACCCUGCCAGGACAUGCAAAGAUCUGCAGCUCUGCCACCCUGAGUUCCCUGAUGGUGAAUAUUGGAUUGAUCCAAACCAAGGCUGCUCCGGGGAUUCCUUCAAAGUCUUCUGUAACUUCACCGCCGGAGGCGAAACCUGCAUCCAUCCAGAUAAGAAGUCGAAUGGAGUCAGAAUAUCUUCAUGGCCCAAGGAAGUUCCUGGGUCAUGGUUCAGUGAAUUUAAGCGUGGAAAAAUUCUUUCCUACGUUGACGCGGAGGGAAGCUCAAUAAACAUGGUGCAGAUGACCUUCCUCAGACUACUGACGGCCUCGGCCAGGCAGAACUUUACCUACAGCUGCCACCAGUCGGUGGCGUGGCACGACGCCACCGGCGACAGCCACGACAAGGCGCUGCGCUUCCUGGGCGCCAACGACGAGGAGAUGUCCUACGACAACAACCCUUACAUCAAGGCGCUCUCAGACGGUUGUGCGACGAGGAAGGGCUACGGAAAGACUGUGAUGGAGAUCAACACUCCCAAAAUCGAUCAGGUUCCCAUCAUCGAUGUCAUGUUGACUGACUUUGGGGACCCUAACCAGAAGUUCGGGUUUGAAGUCGGGCCCGUCUGCUUCCUUGGCUAAAUAACAAAUGACAAAAAAAAAAAAAAAAAAAAAAAAGGACUUGAUGGGGCCAGCAAAGAAAGUCAAGUUGAGACGUUUUGGGUACCACCAAACCCCAUUUCUAGCCCCCCACCCUUUUCUAUGCCACAUGCAAGUUUUGAAUAAGAGCUAAGAGUGUAGCAAACAUGUCUUUCCAUGUAUGUACGUGUAACCCAGGAAAAUACUUGUUGCCCUUGUAGGGCUCGAACCACAUGACUUAACCACGUUAUGGAGCAAAGGUGAAGGACAUUUGAACGCGUGGCCGAGAAGGGGGAAUCAGAGGUAGCCUAGGAGGGGGGGGGGGGGGGGGGGGGGGGUCAGGCGACAUAAGGGGACACAGACCUCCUCUCGGGAUUCUCCAGGUGCUGUACGAAAACGACUACAAUGGUGCUUGUUCAAAACACACAAAAAUAUAAAGAGGUGCUAAGAAAGAAGGUGUAUUUUGAUAAUUAUAAAAAUUAAAACUGUAAUUAUUAUUUUGUACAAUACUGUUAUUUCUGAAUCCACUUUCAAAACUUGCAUGUGUAUCCGAUUCUGCUUCCGGCUCUUUAAUUUCAAUGUUGGUUCAAAAAGAUACAGUUCAAAUUAAAGACAUCAUCCAAUGCAUUAAAUUUAUAUUGAUAUUUUUUGUUCAAACACCUACUGUGUAUUUGUCAUAAAGCAAAUAAAGUAAGCAUUCAAACAAUUCUCUUUUGCUAAAUUAGACUGAAUUCCCUUUGUAUAUAUUGACAGUCCAAAGCUUGAGGUCAUUUGCUGUUUUGCGACCGUUGGUGAAACAGCUGGAAGUAUUACAGCAGCACCUGUAUGGCAACAUCUCCCACUAAUGUUGUGCUCCUGUGCUAGUAGGAAGCAAUCAUGGCAUUCCUUUUUCCUUUAUUUAAUUCUAUUUGUCAUUUUUUUCUGUUUAUUUUUCUGACAGGCUUUUUAUUUUGGUUGUAUACCUCAAACUUUCUUGUUAACCUGUAAGAUGCAAGGAUGCUAUGCCCUGUAUAUACCUUGGUUAAGCAAUUAAGUUUAUAUAUUUGGGUGGGGAUUUUUUAAAGAGAGAAAUACAUUAACUGUUAGACAUCCACUGUUCAAAUCCUUCUGUGAAUGCAAUGAGAAGCCCUAUAGGUGACCCAUUUUUGUAACUACAAUGAGAAAAUGUUUUGAUGUGCUUUUUAUAGUUCAUUUAAAUAUUAAAAAACUGGAUUCUAAACAACAGUGAAGUGAAUGUCUCAAUGGUUUGUGUGAGAUGACUAGUGUCGAUCCACCUAUACUGUACAUGUCAAAUGCUUUAAAUCAAGUCUCUGGCUGGUGCGAUGCCAUCACUCUUUAAAUCAAUAAAGAACCAU